AUGCUGUUCUGCCUCUAUAACUGCAUCUGUACUGGGGGCUUUGCUGGCCCGCAGCUUGUCACUGAUCGGGACCUGGAGGCCGCGCUGAGCUGUAGCGGGCAGAGACUCAAUGCCCAGCGGGGGGCAGAAGCAGACACACUGCGGUCUGUUCUCAGGACCAUGCUCUGGAUUUUUAUCAUUUUCUUGGUAACACAACUACCUCAUUCGGAAGCUCUACAAUGCUACCCAGGCGAAUAUGAAAUAAAUGGCGAAUGCUGUCCCAUGUGCAGUGCAGGGAGCAGGGUGUUCAAACAUUGUACACGAAAUGUCAGCACAACUUGCAUGCCAUGUGUGGACGACACAUAUACAGAGCAUCCCAAUGGCCUAAAAGAGUGCAUGAGAUGUAAAGUCUGCGAUGCAGGAGCCAGACUGGUGACAAAAGAAAAAUGCACCUAUACGAAGAACACCGUGUGCGGCUGUGCCCCGGGGGAUUUCUGCAGGCACAUUGCAGGUCUGGACUGUGAAAUGUGUAGUCGCUCCACCAUCUGUCCCCCUGGCUCUAUGGUGAAAGAACCUGGCACAGAAUUCCUUGACAACGUAUGUGAGGUUUGCCCUGAUGGAACCUUCUCCGCCACCAAGAUGUCAGACACCUGUCAGCCAUGGACCAGGUGUGAAGAGGAAGGGAUGAGAGAACAAAAGGCCGGGACAGCCACUUCUGAUGCAGUUUGUGUAAAAAGAGGCCAUUCUACCACAGUGAUAGCAGUGAUAAUAGUCCUUGCUCUCUCACUUUUAUCUGGAUUUGCUGGAACAGCGUUCUUUUUAUGGAGGAGAAGGAAGACGAAAGAUGGGGGAACACCUGCACAGGAGACAGGGGAUGAGUCAAACGGACAGGUGGGGAGAACUUUGAUCCAGUCUGCUACUUAGGAGAAAACAAAGGCAAGAGCAGUGGGGGAAGAGUCAGCCCUGCACCUGUGAUUGGAUUGGAGGCUUCUGAAAAUCCCCCUUCAUUGAAUUUCAGCGAUCAUCAUCAUUUAGUUCCUCUGGCUAAGGCCUGUUAUGUUGAAGCCUUCCUCACGGACACAUUGUUAGGUGGAAUGUCUGCAGACUAUUCCUUAAGAUCCAAAGUGACAGUGAGAGUGAGGGUGAGGAGUCCGACGAUGCUAUCGAGCCGCGUAACGCAUACGACACGAAAUUGCUUGUGGCAUUCAUGGACAUGCUCAGCAUCGUGGAAUGCCGCUUUUGGGUUCGGGAAACAAGCAGCGAGUGGUGGGAUCACAUCGUCAUGGAAGUCUGGGAUAACGAGCAGUGGCUGCAGAACUUUCGGAUGAGAAAAGCCACUUUCAUGGGACUGUGUGAGGAGCUCGCCCCCACCCUGCGGCGCAAGGACACGAGAUUGAGAGCUGCUCUGCCAUUGGAGAAGCCGGGUGGCUAUUGCAAUCUGGAAGCUGGCAACUCCAGACAGCUACCGGUCGGUCGCAAACCAGUUUGGAGUGGGAAAGUCGACCGUUGGAAUCGUGUUGAUGCAAGUUUGCAAGGCCAUUAAUCGCAUCCUACUCAGAAGAACUGUGACUCUGGGUAACGUGCAGGAAAUAGUGGAUGGCUUUGCACAAAUGGGGUUCCCUAACUGUGGAGGGGCGAUAGAUGGGACGCACAUUCCUAUUCUGGCACCACCCCACCUAGGAUCCGAGUAUGUUAAUCGGAAGGGAUAUUUCUCUGUGGUUCUCCAGGCGCUUGUGGAUCACCGUGGGCGUUUCAUUGACAUUAACACAGGCUGGCCCGGAAAGGUGCAUGACGCACACAUCUUUCGGAACACUUGGCUGUUCAGGAAGAUGCAGGCCGGGACUUUUUUCCCAGAGCGGAAGAUCACGGUAGGGGAAGUUGAAAUGCCCAUUGUGAUCCUUGGAGAUCCUGCUUACCCGUUAAUGCCGUGGCUCAUGAAACCCUACACAGGGAGCCUUGACAGCAGCAAGGAGCGGUUCAACUACAGGCUGAGCCGGUGCCGAAUGACUGUGGAGUGUGCCUUUGGCCGUUUAAAGGGCCACUGGCGAUCUCUGUAUGGGAAGCAGGACUUGCAUCCCCGCGGUUAUAUCUGCGUGCUGUGCUCUCCAUAAUAUUUGUGAAGGGAAGGGUGAAAGCUUCACUCAGGCAUGGCCCUCCGAGGUUCAACACCUGGAGGCUGAAUUUGCACAGCCAGAGAGCAGGGCUAUUAAAAGGGCCAAGCGGGGCUGCAAGGAUUAGGGAUGCCUUGAGGGAGCAAUUUGAGGCUGAAAACCAGCAGUGAUAUCUGGUGCCCUGCACGGGAGUGAAGGGCAGUAGUUCCAAUAGGAAUCAGUGUCUGCCAAGCAGACAAGCAGACUUGCAGUGCCUGUUUAUUUCCUGGGCUAAGGA